AGGAAAAGGCGACGUCUUCAAAGCUAAGUGACAGUUCAUCUCUCUCCAAGAAGUCUCUCCUUCACAUCCACCAUCACCAAACUCUCACACUCACAAACCACCGCCAACAUGGGUAAAGAGAACCUCUCCUUCGUCCUCCAAAAAGCCAACGAAGUCACCUUUGAAGACCGUCCCGUACCCACCCUCAAAAGCCCACACGAUGUCCUCGUCGCCGUCAAAUUCACCGGAAUCUGCGGAAGCGAUGUCCACUACUGGGUUCACGGCUCCAUCGGGCACUUCGUCGUCAAGUCGCCCAUGGUCCUCGGACAUGAAUCCUCGGGAAUCAUCUCUGCGGUCGGCGACAGCGUAACCUCAUUGAAGGUCGGAGACAGAGUGGCUAUGGAACCCGGUGUGCCCUGCCGGCGCUGCGUACGGUGUAAAGAGGGGAAAUACAAUCUGUGUCCGGACAUGGCGUUCGCAGCGACGCCGCCGUUCGACGGGACGCUGGCGAAGUACUACUCCCUGCCGGAGGAUUUCUGCUACAAACUCCCCGAACACGUCAGCCUGGAAGAGGGCGCCUUGGUCGAGCCAUUGGGCGUGGCGGUACACAUCGUUCGACAAGCUGGUGUGUUCCCGGGAGCCUCGAUCGUGGUUUACGGCGCCGGACCGGUAGGGUUGCUCUGCUGUGCCGUGGCCAAGGCAUUCGGCGCGACGAAAGUCGUAGCAGUGGACAUCAACGAGGACCGGCUGAAAUUCGCAUCCACCUACGCGGCAACACAUACCUUCGUAUCGAAACGAGAAGCACCACAAGAAGCCGCCGCGAGGAUCAAGAGCGAAUGCGACCUGGGAAGCGGCGCGGACAUCAUCAUCGACGCAUCGGGCGCCGAACCCGCGAUCCAAACGGCCAUCCACGCGGUGCGGAUUGGAGGGACGUACGUGCAGGGCGGGAUGGGCAAGGACGAGAUCACGUUUCCCAUCACGGCGAUGUGUACGAAGGAGUUGAAUGUCAAGGGGAGUUUUAGGUAUGGGAGUGGGGAUUAUAAGCUUGCGGUGGAGUUGAUCAGUACGGGACAAGUGGAUGUGAAGAAGCUGAUCUCCGGGACGGUGAAGUUUGAGGAUGCGGAGCAGGCGUUUGCGGAUGUGAAGGCGGCGAAGGGGAUUAAGACGCUGAUCGAGGGACCGAGGGAUUAG